UAGUUCGAAUGAGUUACUGUUACAUUUCAACAACUUUCGUGCGGCCUCCAUUUGUCCUUUGAGUUAGCACAUUGGCUGCUUAUAACUUUUGCUUAACAAGUUAAAUACCGUUAGAAUCAAGGAUGCAGUCCGUGCGGCUGGUGGCCGGUGCUAUCGCCAGACUAUCCAGGCAGCAGUCUACUUCGGCGGCGGCGUCCUCGGCCAAGACGGUUGCCACCGGGGCGCACAGCAGGCGUAUGAAGUACCCCUACACGGCGUCGGCAAAGAUCGCCCAGUUCCCCUACAAGUUCCACUUCCAGAAGUUCUGGCUCAUCAGAUACUUCUUCUGCGGUGGCCUGGUGCUAUACAUGGUCUUCAUGGUGUAUCCCAUUAACAAGGCCGUCAACUCCCCACAGGCAGUUGCGGCUCACCGGGAACUCAUGCGCAAGCAGGCAGAAGAGCACCAGCACCACUAACGGACCAGCAUGCACCAAGUUGGGCAUAGCGCCUAGGAAAGCGAAUAAACGAAUGAGCCGCAUUAA